CGACCCGCACCAAGCUGCCCUGUCCCACCCCUGGCAGCCGCCGCCAUGGCCCGGCUGGUGCUGCAGGGCACACUGCUAUGCAUGCUGCGUGUCGGAUUAAUGAGCACCCUGGACUCCGAGGGCUUCCUGUCCCCUGCGCCUCAUAACUGUCCCUACAAAUGUGUCUGCGCUGCCGACCUCCUGAGCUGCGCCGGCCUGGGGCUGCAGGAUGUGCCGGGCGCGUUACCAGCUACAGCUGCAGACCUCGACCUGAGCCACAAUGCGCUGCAGCGCCUGCGCCCCGGCUGGUUGGCGCCCCUCUCCCGGCUCCGCGUCCUGCGUUUAAAUCACAACGAGCUGGAUGCGCUAGGUCCGGGAGUUUUCACCAAUGCCAGCGGCCUGCGGCUGCUCGAUUUAUCAUCUAACGCCCUGCGGGCCCUCGGCCGCCACGACCUCGACGGCCUGGGGGAGCUCAAGAUGCUGCUUCUGUUCAAUAACCGCCUGGCGCACUUAGACGAGCAGGCCUUCCACGGCCUGGGCACGCUCAGUCGUCUCUACCUGGGCUGCAAUGAACUUGCGUCCUUCUCUUUCAAUCACCUGCACGGCCUGGGCACGACCCACCUACGUACUCUGGAUCUCUCCUCCAACCACCUAGGACAACGCAUCCCUGUACCUGACCUGGCUUCACUGCCAGCCUUUCUCAAGAACGGCCUUUACUUGCACAACAACCCAUUACCCUGUGACUGCCGUCUCUACCAUCUGCUGCAACGCUGGCACCAGCGGGGGCUCAGCGCUGUGAGCGACUUCGCGGGCGAGUACACAUGCCUGGCCUUCAAGGUACCCACCUCCCGCGUGCGCUUCUUUGAGCACAGCCGUGUCUUUGAGAACUGCUCAGCUGCCCUGGCUCGGGGCCUAGAGCAGCCUGAAGAGCAGCUGCAUGUGCAGGUGGGGCAGUCCCUGAGGCUACACUGCAACACCAGCGCCCCAGCCGUGCACAUUGCCUGGGUCUCGCCGCAGCACGAGCUGCUUGUGGCACCAGGGUCUCGCAACGGCAGCAUUGCAGUGGGGGCUGAUGGCAGCCUGGCCAUCAGCAACGUGCAGCCAUGGCACGAGGGUGUCUUUGUGUGCCUGGCUACUGGACCCCACCUGCAUCACAACCAGACACACGAGUACAACAUAAGUGUGCACUUUCCACACCCUGAGCCUGACACUUUCAACACGGGCUUCACCACGCUGCUGGGCUGUGCCGUGGGCCUGGUGCUCGUGCUGCUCUACCUGUUCGCGCCACCCUGCCCCGGCUGCCGCAGCUGCUACUAUCGCACCUGCCGCUGCCGCCGCUGGCCCCGAACACCCAGCCCACUCCAGGAGCUGAGCGCACAGUCCUCAGUGCUCAGCACCACGCCGCCCGAUGCACCGAGACGCAAGGCCAGUGUCCACAAGCACGUGGUCUUUCUGGAACCUGGCAGGAGAAGCCUCAAUGGUCGUGUGCAGCUAGCGGUAGCUGAAGACUUCGACCUCCACAAUCCCAUGGGCCUGCGGCUCAAGGCUGGCUCUGAGUCCACUAGCUCCACAGGCUCUGAGGGUCUGGUGAUGACCUAG